UUUUAAAAGGAUACCACCACCACCAGGACCUGCACUAGCGCCAUCAGCAGCAACAGCUGGAAAAGAGGCAAGACGAACAAUAAAAAAAAGUAAAAUAAAAGACCAACUUUCCACUCGAAGAAAAUUAAUAGAAAAGAAAAGAACUGAACUGGAGGACACUGGAUAGAGAGAACCCGGACAGGACAAAAAAAUAAAAUCAGCAAAAUCAAUAGUGCCGAAGUGUGGCCAAAGUGCUGAGUAAUGUGGAGUAAUGGAGACCUUUUUGCUGGCGGCGGCAACAUGAUGUGAAACAUGGCAAUCGAAUCAGCCAAAGCCAUUUAGGGUCAUCAAUUGCCAGGGUCGCGAGCAAAAUCCGGAGCAAAAGUACCUCCUCUCGGAAGCCAUAUGCCCAGCAUGGAGUGCCGAAGGGGAAAAACCCUCAAGGUUCUGCCAGUUUUCUGGCUAGUACUGAGCCUGGUGGCCUGGUCUUUGGCGGACGACUGGUCUCAGAGCUGCGCCUCAAACUGUACCUGCAAGUGGACCAACGGCAAGAAGUCGGCCAUCUGCAGCUCCCUGCAGCUGACCACCAUUCCGAAUACACUGAGCACGGAGCUCCAGGUGCUGGUGCUGAACGACAACCACAUUCCAUAUCUCAAUAGGGAGGAGUUCUCCGCCUUGGGGCUGCUGAACUUGCAACGAAUAUACCUCAAGAAAUCGGAGGUACAGUACAUACACAAAGAGUCCUUUCGUAAUUUGAAAAUUCUGGUGGAGAUCGACCUGUCGGAUAAUAAGCUAGAGAUGCUCGACAAGGACACCUUCAUGGGCAACGACCGACUGAGAAUACUCUAUUUGAAUGGGAAUCCCCUUAAGCGACUGGCAGCUUACCAGUUUCCCAUUCUGCCUCAUCUGCGAACGCUGGACAUGCACGACUGUCUGAUCUCCUACAUAGAUCCCAUGUCGCUGGCCAACUUAAACCUACUGGAGUUCCUCAACCUGAAGAACAAUCUCCUGGAGAGCCUCAGCGAGUAUGUCUUCCAACAUAUGGCCAACCUGAAGACUCUCUCGCUGGAGGAGAAUCCCUGGCAGUGCAACUGCAAGUUGCGCAAGUUCCGUGGCUGGUAUGUCAACAGUCGCCUCAGUUCCGUGAGUCUGGUGUGCAAAGGACCCCCGGCCCAGAAGGACCGCACUUGGGACAGUGUGGACGAUGAGUUAUUUGGCUGUCAACCGAGGGUCGAGAUCUUCAAUAAUGAAGAAGUUCAAAAUAUUGACAUUGGCAGCAACACCACUUUCAGUUGCCUGGUCUAUGGGGAUCCCCUACCGGAAGUUUCUUGGGAGCUGAACGGCAAGAUCCUGGACAACGACAACGUCCUGUUCGACUCGGAGAGUAUAGCGUCGGACAAGCUGUGGAGCAACCUGACAGUCUUCAACGUGACAAGCCUGGACGCUGGAACGUAUGCCUGUACGGGCACGAAUGCCAUUGGCAGCAUGACCCAGAACAUAAGCAUCUAUCUCAGCGAGAUUGUGCAGCACGUGCUGGAGAAGACGCCGGAGACCUUCUGGUACUUCGGCCUCAUCAUGGGCAUCUUCGGCACGGUGUUCCUCCUGAUCUCCAUCUCGUUUGUGGUGUGUCUGUGCAAGCGCACGACACGGCAGCACCGUCACGCCAACAAGGCCGGCGUCAAGUCCAGUGUCAGCUUCAACGAUCAGGAGAAGAAGCUGCUGGACUCCAGUGUCACCACGACCACGAACGAUCGCGGUGACAGCUACGGGAUCGACAACCAGCCCACGUCCAUUGGCAUGAACAAGGCGGACUCCGCGGGCAUGGGCUUCAACCAGAUCGAGAUCCAUGCGGUGGAGAAUCACCGUUCCGGGCUGGGGCAUGGCAGCAUGUUGGUGCAACAGCAACAGCAGCCGCAACAGCAACAACAGCAGCAGCAACAGGCCGGCCAACAGGGCACCCUGCCCCAUCUGAGGCAGCAACUGAUGACCGUCAAGGACCCGACAUGCGGCAUGAUGAGUGUGCCCACCUCAAUGGCCGGUCACGCCCACACACAUCCAGCCCAGAUAUCCGAGGAGUUUCCCCUGAAUGUGGGCGUGUUUCCGCCACCACCCGAAUUCUGUUCAAAUAUCGUGCCGAACCCUGCCUUUGGCGGGAACAUAUUCAUCCGGGUGUCCGUUACGCAGGAUAUGUUGGAUGGUGCGGACUUGAACAUGUAUCCGGAUUUGCUGAAUAUCCCCAAGAGGAUGCAGGAUGUGCAGGAAACGGGAGCGGGGGCGGUGGCAGUGGCAGUGCCAGAGUCGGGGCAGUUCGCCACACUGCCCAGAAAUACAACUCGAAGGGGCAUCCUCAAGAAGGACUCGUCCCUGCAACAGCAGCAACAGGCGCAGCACCUACAACAGCAGCAGCAGCAACAGGUGCAGCACCUGCAACAGCAACAGCAUCUGCACCAGCAACUGCAGCACCAACAGCAGUCAGGACUCUAUCCCCAUGAUGAAAUCGUGACUUACAACCUGGACACGAGCGGCUACGAUCCCCAUCAAGCCGCGUACCACAGCAAUACCAUGGAACUGCCUCCACCACCACCUCCACCAGCCGUAUCUACGGUGGUGCAGUGCCACCACCCCAGUCCCAGUGUGUCGGCCACCACCUGUGCCAGUUGCAUCAACCAAGUCCCGCCACCACCCACCGCCUGCCAGACGCCGCCCAUCGAGGUGACGCCCCUGAGACCGCUCGACAGCUCCGCCUAUCCAAAGUACGACAACAUGGGCAGAAGGAUCACGGCCAGCGGGGGACUGGGAGGAUCCACACUGUCCUUGCCGGAGGAGGAGAGCUACGAGAACGAGACGCUCUUCAGCGAGGCGGAGAAACAGCCAAGCGGCGUCAAGGACGCACAGGAUCAUACACACCAACAGCAACAGCAGCAGGAUGCUGCCCAGGGCCAGGAUAAGGGCGGCGGACCUGGGGAGUUUGUAUCGCUCUAGUAUUACGGUACCCAGGUGUAAAUAGGUCAAUAGAUUCGUGCCCCCUCAGCCCCCACAUGAAAUCCUUGGCAAUCGUUUGGUUCAUAUCAGUUUGAGAAACGAGUGCUUGAUUGCAAACAUAUAUUUGAGAGUAUAAACCGAAACACAAUCUAUUGACUGCCACAUAAAUCCUCAAAACUGAAACAAAACUACAAAAUCAAAUAUAAUGCUGAGAGCAAUUCAAGUGGAAUCAAUAGGAUUUUUAAUAAAAAAAAUCUUUUUUUUAUAUUUUUGAUUGAAAGAAAAAUGCAAUUUUAAGAGAUUAUGUUCAAAAGUAUUUCUAUGAUUCUAUGAUUUUAAAAUUGUUAUUUAUCUUAAAAAGGAAUUUC